AUGGAUAAAAAAUACUUCAAGGGUAAUCGUCGCUCAGAGCUCCAAGAGCUAAGACAUGAGCUUCAAACCACAGAUAAAGAUAAACAAAAAGAAGCAAUCAAAAAGGUAAUAUGCGCAAUGACGACCGGAAAGGACGUUUCGACACUAUUUCCAGACGUUGUAAACUGUAUACAAACCAAUAAUAUCGAACUUAAAAAACUAGUUUAUCUAUAUGUUAUUAACUACGCUAAAGUACAACCCGAACUAGCAAUUCUAGCUGUUAAUACGUUCUGCAAAGAUUCAACCGAUCGCAAUCCUUUAAUUAGAGCUCUUGCAAUAAGGACAAUGGGAUAUAUCAGACUGACAGCAAUAACAGAGUACUUAAUUGAACCACUUAAAAGAUCAAAAAACGACCCGGACCCAUAUGUUAGAAAAACAGCGGCAAUUUGCAUAUCUAAACUAUAUGGUAUAUCCCCAACGAUGGUCUACCAGGAAGGCCUGUUGGAAGUAUUGCAGGGAAUGUUAUCGGACCCGAACCCGAUGGUAAUAUCAAACGCAGUGGCGACGCUAAUGGAGAUAUCAGAGUUGUCAAACGACAACCUCUUCGUAACUAUCCUGAACAAGGACAAAUCACUGUUGGAAAGGCUUUUAAGUGUGUUAAAUGAGUGUAUCGAAUGGGGACAGGUAUACAUCCUUGAUGCACUGGUGUAUUAUAACCCACCAGAUUCUGAACAUGCAAGAAAAGUGAUAGAAGCAGUUUGUCCACGUUUCUCACAUAUCAACCCAGCAGUUGUAAUGUCAGCAAUCAAAGUGGUGGUUAAGAUGAUGAAUAUGGUUACAGAUAAGGAAUAUUUAAGGCUUGUAGGAUCGAAGCUUUCAGCACCGCUGGUAACACUGUCAUCAUUGGAUCCAGAAAUCCAAUACGUAGCUCUUCGCUCAAUCCUGGUUGUCAUAUCAAAGUACCCAAGACUACUGGAGGACCAGGUGAGGUCGUUUUUCUGCAAGUGCACCGACCCCCUGUACGUGAACAUAGAAAAACUCGACAUCAUGGUUAACCUGGCAAAUUCCUCAAACUAUUCACUUAUUCUGAACGAACUGAGAGAGUAUGCAACAGACGUUGACCUGGAGUUUGUUAGAAGAUCAAUUAGAGCAAUUAGUACACUGUGUAUCAGACUUGAAUUGGCCUUAAAUUCAUGCGUAAACGCACUCACAGACCUACUGAGGCUUAAGAUAAACUACGUAACAGAGGAGUGCACAAUAGCACUUCGAGAUAUUCUGAGAACAUACCCUAGGGUGUUCUCGUACGAACUGUUUCAGCUGUGCUCAGACGUGGAAGACAUUUACCGCUCGGAGGCUAAAGCAGCACUGAUUUGGAUUGUGGGCCAGUACGCGUCUGAGAUAGAAGACUCUUCAGAGUACAUAUCGAACCUCUCUGAAACAUUCCACGACGAAACACACUCAGUUCAACUAAGCCUCUUAACAGCAGCGAUGAAGGUACACCUGUCAUCUGAGGACAAAAAUGACCUCAUAUCGCAUGUUAUACAUAGAUGUGGAAUUGAAAGCAGAAAUCCAGAUGUGAGAGAUCGGGCAUAUAUGUACCUACGACUCUUGGAUUCAGGAACAAAAGUAGCAUCCAAAGUCGUACUUUCAGCUCUCCCGCCAGUAGGAGAAGGAACAAUUGACAAGAACAUACUGGAUGACUUGCUGGAAAACUUGGGUAGGGUUUCAUCAGUUUAUCACCUACCUUCAUGGGCAGUCUCAUUCAAAGAUACGCUUUCUUCAUCACAACCUAAGCUAAAGUACGUGCCGAAGCAGGAGUCAAGCGAUGAUGAUUUAAAUCAGAAUAAUGAGUACUUUUUAAAUUCAAAAGAUAAACCACCCUACGUACCAGAUGCAGAUGAUCAGGAGACAUUCUCGAAUCGUUUGCCAGGUUACUUUUGCACUCCCCAAGUCGUUCUCUCAUCAACACAAAGAGGUGUUAAUGGGCAAUUAGGCCUUGAAAUCACAGCCUUUCUAUGUAGACAAGAUGAUAGAAUCUCACUUCAAAUGAGACUCCUGAAUAACUCAUCAUCACUCUACGAACUAUUAGCACUGCAGUUUAACAAGAACUCCUUUGGACUAGCACCUUCACCUCUUAGGUCCCCUCUGACUGUUCAACCUGGAAAGACUGCUGAGUGUCAAGUCCCACUCGUUCCAAACCAUAUUCCAUCAAACACAGCUCCAGAUGACCCCAUCACAAUCCAAGUCGCAAUUAAAACCAACCUGGACGUUUUCUACUUCUUUGUAUCAUACGACUUGCCAGUGGUUUUCAAACACGACGCCAAAGUUUCCAGGUCUGAUUUCGAGUCUCUGUGGCAAAGACUCCAGCCUAAAGAGUUCAACCAUAACUACCACCACAAGUAUACAAAACAAAGAAACACAGAUGGUGGCCGAGGUAUAGUCAAGGCUUUGCAGAACUACGGACUAUACCACGUGGGCACUGGACUCUGUGGAGAUCGAAGCUCAGAAUCCGAGUUUUUUUACACCCUCACCACAAACUCCCUCGCCAUUCUAGCCAAGUUUACGCGGGACACCUUCACAGUUAAAUGCGAGUCAUCGACGGUUCUGAUGCUGUUUGCGAAGGCUGUCGAGAAAAUGCUUUCUUAA